GACAGGGGGGGGGAGUUCACUUUCAAAUCCAAUUUAAAUUUGGCUGGAUGGUUAUGGGGGGCAUCAUACGCCAUUCGAAACGAGAAAUAGGACGGUCUGGGGUUAUUGGCAGUUUUAGGAACGUUUUUAUUAUUUAUUCAAACGGUUGAUCCCGAAUGGAUUCACAGUUAGCGGCUGUCCUGACCAGUAGUGGGACAGCUUCGAUGAACAGAAACCAUCUGCCUGAGAGGACAGGAAAAUCCAUGGAAAUGCCCCCUUUGACUGAUAUUCAGGAUGUGCCCAUUGACCUAUCCCUGAAAUCCUCGUGUUCGCUACCUCUUGAUUCUCAACCCUUGUGUCUCAAAAUGACUCCCUCGUGCAACAGCAAAGCCAAGCAGUUUUACUGGACAGAAACAAGAAUUCAGGGGAGAAUGACAGAGACAAGUAAGGACAGCACAGACACUCUUGAAAUUGUUGCAGAAGUGACUGGUGUGCACAAACCUGUCCUGUCCAACAUGGACUCCUUGCCAAAUUCAUGCAAGGACCCUUUGACUCCUGGUUUUUCUGGCUGCUUAUUGGAACAAAAAGGGAUUAUGUCUGAGUCUCUGUCCAGCGACCAGUCAGAAUGCCCUACUGCCAGCCUGGUCACUGUUAAAGAGGAGAUUGAGGAGGUAUGCAUCGGGGAAUUGGAUGGGUACAGUGAUGAUCAGCCCGAUUCACCAGGAUCCCUCAAUGAGACAAAUAGGGACAUGACAAGGGACAUCGCCGAUAGCACUGACACACAGAGCACAACUGUUUCAGGCGCUAACAGCAGUACGAUCCCUACGGACACCAUUACAGCCUUAAAAACCGAACCUGGGCAUAAUGCAGCUAACAGGUGUGGAUUCACAAAUAGUGAUGCAUCUACUUCAGAAAUCAAGUCGUCAGACUUGAAUGGAAACGAUAGUUCUUCAAAACGGGCGGAAAUGCAAGUUGAUAAACGGCCACAGUUGAACUUGGGGAUCUUGUCUGACAGUGGCAAACCGCCUGUUGAAGGUAGCGCUGCUGAAGGAGGGGAAAAAGAAGUGGUCAGAUUGAAAGGCAGGAAAGAGUGUUCAAGUCUUCGCGUGGUCCCUGCUUAUGGUGUUCGUACAAGGAGUCAGAGGAGGAGAGAAAUGAACAGAGAGGCGAAGGGGGAGUCUGGGAAAGGGGAAAAUAAGCCUCUUGGGAAAGACAGACAAAAGAGGGAAGUGCUGUCACAGUCUUCUCCUCCCCUCUCUGACCUUCCUGGAGGGCCUGAAAGGCUGUGUGAGCCUGAGAGAGAACAGGAGCACCCUGAUACAGACAGGAUAGGGCAGGGAAGAGAGUGUCAGCGUAGACUGCAGGAGGAAGUGCUAGAUCUGAGCUUGUCAAGGAAGGGAGGAAAGAGCAACACAGGCUGCCGGAAGGUAGGAUUUGAAGAAGGAUUUGAGACUACACUUUUAAUGGAAGUGGAUGAGAUAGUGCAGCAAGAGGUCGAGGAAGUGGAGGCGGAUGCCGAAAUUCUAUCGAGAGAGGGAGAAGCAGCCAUCAGUUUUGACCUGCUGAAUUGGGAGGCUUCUUUUCCAUCUUCCCCAGCACCCCCCUCGCCUUCUGCCUCACCCUCUGUGGGUUCCAGCCUUGAUGACCUCCUCCUCAUUGACGACCAGGGUAUCCCGUACAUGCUCACCCCCGAUGGUCAGAAAGUGCUCCAGGUGGAGCUCCCCGAACCUCGCAAAGCCUUCACUGUCAGGCCUCGGCCCAAGUCAAAGCAGGUGAAACCCAAGGAUUCCACUGUGAAUGUUGCACUGUCUAACCAGGUCUUACCGAACGCCCUUCCCUGCCGGCCUUCUGGUGCGAUGCCAUCAUGUCUUAUUUCCCCUGCUUCACCAGAAUCCUCAGAUGAAUCGAAAGCCGUCGCCCCCUCAGGUGCCAAAUCCAGCUCUCUGGCUGCUCCUCACCCCCUGACCCUGUCAGAUUUAGAAUCCCAAUCCCAACCCAUUCGAAUUUUAGCCAGUUCCACGACCACCUCCCCCAUCCUCCUUCUCCCAUCCUCCCAGCUUUCAUCCCUUUCUCCACCCAAACCCAACACAAAUUCAGGUCUGAUGGCACUUUCUUUACCUAUGGCCCUUACCCAAAACUCACAAUCCACCCCUCUGCUUCUUGUCAUCUCCCCUCUUGCCGCUGGAACGGUUGCCUCUACCUCUUCCCCUGUCCUCACUGUUAAUACUCCUGCUCCCUCUACUCUAUCACUCACACAGACCACUUCUCCAUCUGCAGUCUCUGUUCCUCACUAUUCUAUACAGAAUAACCUUGAGUCCUCUUUUCCAGCCAAUCCUUCGCUCCCUGCCCUUAAUCCAGAAUCCUGUACCCUCUUUACUGCCAUCUCAGGAAACGGUAACCACUCCACUCCUACCUCUCCUUCUGACUCCUCUUCCACCGAAAAGCCCAACUCUGACAUUUCCUCCAAAGAAAUUGUUCCCAAACUUUCCCCCAGUGUACUCCUAAAAUCAGAUCCUGCCUCUGACACCAAAUCAAGUUCCAUUAAUGAGACCAAAAUCGAACGUGCGCAGUCACCAAUCCCUGCCAGCUUAUCUCCUAAGGAGAUUCCCCCUUACCAAUUAAGGCGCAGUCUAAAAGCAUCCCCUUCUUCAGCCUCUAAACUUGCUCCCGCCUCUCGCAUCUCAGCAAACCCGUUCCCCAUCGAUGACUCGGCUUGCCCCACUUCCGGCACGCCGCCUCCAGCCACAAUCUUCCCCACCAACCAUCCAAAAAAUCUCAAUUUGUCUCCUAACUGCCCUCGCCGAAUCCUCUACUGCCAGUUUUGCCCACGGGCAUUCUACUACCUCUCCGACUUGGAGCGCCACUCCAUCACGCACUCCCAGAGCAAGCCGCACGUCUGUCCGCUCUGCAGCAAGGCUUUCAAGCGCUCUAGCCACCUGGAGCGGCACAAGCACAUUCACACGGGCCAGAGGAACUUCAUCUGCCCCAUAUGCGCCAAGAGGUUCCGCGAAGCCGGGGAGCUGCUCCGGCACCAGCGGGUGCACACGGGGGAGAAGCCCUUCCAGUGCCCGCAGUGCCACAUGCGCUUCGCCGAGCGGAACACUCUGCGCCGACACGCCAAGCGGAAACACCAGGAUCAGCCGGGAGCGGACGGGCAGGAGGGGGGCUGCGGCGUUUCUGGCGGCCCGGAGGCGGGGCAGGAGGACAGUGCGGAGUGGUACAGCUCCACCGUGCCUGAGCUGGACUCCGACAGUGACACGGACAGGGAGCAGGAAGUUUAGCCACAGCCUUGACCCCCUGCUGAGCUAAUUUAUUUUCCCAGGAACAGCACCCACUGCUCAGAAAUACAGCCCUUUUUGCGGUGCCCUCUCAUAGGAUAUCAUUAGCCUAUUAUUAGGGCCACCAGUUUGUCUCCACCAUGUGUCCUGCAGGGAUUUAAACUUGUAUUUCAGUGGUUUUCCUCCAGGGGUCCCCAUAGGUACUCCAACGGCAAAGUCAAGUGGCUAAUUGAGUCUCUAAUUGAAACAUUUUGAAAAACAAUUAGUUGAUCUAAUAUUGGAAGAGUCAGGAAGGAAAGUGAACAUGCAUGGAAGUUUAAAUGCUACGAAAAGCAUGUCUUUGAGCCAGUGGUCCUCACUCCUGGUCAUGGAGAGCUGCAGGGUCUGCUGGUGUUCGUUUUUACUCAGCACUUGAGGAGCACAGGGAUUGAUCUGUUAACUCAGGUCAGCUGGUUUCUUUGGUCUGAAUCGGUCACUGAUCUUAAGAAAAAAAAACAAAAACCAGCAGACUCUGUGGCUCUCCAGGACCAGGAUUAAGUAUCACUGCAGUAAAAAGAAAAAUGCAUCUGUAUAAAGCAGGGACUUUAUAUGAUUGCAUAUCUAAAAAGAGCGGGUGUGGGUGCAGGUUUUUGUUUUAGACCUGCUCUUAGACUCCUGAUUCUGCUUAAAGUCUUGCUAGAAGACUAUAAUUGGUUAAUUAGUUGAAUCAUUAAUUAAAAAAAAAAAAAAACUUUUUUGUGCGGGCAUUUCCCACUGCUUCUAAUAAAACCUGUCAUGCCCCUGUACAACAUAUAAUAAUACUUCAGAAUGGCCAUGGUAGUAAGUAAUCAAACUGAAUUUAACAUGUGAGUGUUGUUUGUAAACAUCUCUGUCAAUUAUUGACUGUGAUUAACUGGUGGCAAUUAUUUUAUCAGCUUAGAUUAUUGAAGUAGUGCAAAUGGGAUAAAUGAGAAGGGGCUGGACAAAGAGGCUAUUGUGACCUCUAGCUGGUGGAGGACUGAGGUACCAUGCCAAAAAAUAAGGGGAGACAAACUGGUGGCCCUACCUAUUAUGAAUCUCCCGUGAUUUGUUGGCCACAAGUGUCAAUACGUAUACUUAGCAAUUGCACUUUGGAUGGCAUUGGCAUCUAUGUUCAGUGCUCCAUUUAUUAAGUAUACUCACUAAAUGCAGGGUGUCACAUUGGUUAGUGGUGUUCUUUAUGCUCAGCACUGAAAUGAUGUAAACUACAUUCCCAAUCUUUCCCGUGGUAGAGGAUUGCGGCCACUGUAAAGAAAGCCCUCGGUAAAAAGUCUGAAAACAUUAGGGCUUCCUCUGAAGUUGGCCAUGUUGACGUGGCUGCGAGCCAUAACAUAUGAACGGCCACUUGGGGGUGCCAAAGACCUGAAGUCAGAUUUAUUUAUUUAUAUAAUUUAUUAUUCGUUUUUACGGAACUACCCCGAGUAGACUCUUAACCCCUAUGGGUUUGAUCAGGGCUUUCCAGAACCAGUAAUGGCAACAGUUUGUUUGACAAAAGAUCACACUGUCUUCAUUUGCUAUUUGGCGCAGUCAUUUCAAGUAACCGAUGGGUUAUUAGCAGCAUCAGUGUUGCCGCUGGUAUAAAUAUCCCUCCCAGUAAAAGGGUUUGAGGUUCUGCUGGUUUGUGGGUGUUUUGAUAACUGUUUUUCAUUAGUGAGCUCGGCUUCCAUAAGCUACACACACUCACGCACGGACGCACGCACACUCACUCACUCAUGCACGCAUGCACACAUUUUGAGCUACGUUUUAUAUAUUGACACCAUUACUUGGAUCAUCACCAAUGGCGAUGAACUGUAAAACGUAGUUAAGUGUUCGCAGUAGCUGUUUUGACAGUUUAAAAGAGAAUCAUAACUUUUUCUGUAACUGGUAAGAAACAUAGUGACUGAAGUAUACCAUUAACCUAAUUACACGAAAGUAAGCACCAAAAGAUAUUUUGACUUACUGGAGGCUCCAGUCAUUUUUUGAUCAUUAAAGAGACUGUAAGUAGGCUACCCUGCAGGACUGCGGCCUCAUACGAUUCAUCUCCACCCUGGUUUUCAUGCUUACUAAAAAACUAGGAUUUAUAACGUGUUAUAUAUCCCACUACAUCAGAACCAGAAUGCACAUGUUUUCUUUGCACUGCUGACCCCAUAAUCGAAACAAUUCUAGCAAACUAUUUGGUUAAGUUAUGCUAGAAAAACACACUUCAUAGAGCAGAAUUGUGUUUUUGAGGAGAAGAGAUGUGGAGCCCAGGACAUUACUAAUAAAAAAACAAUAUACCUAGCAUAAUACAUUUGCAUAUUGAUUACACGGUUAGUUACGCAGCUCAGUUUUAUUAGCAUAGCCCUCAUUGUGUAUGCAAAAUGUAUACAAAAUGCUGUGUAUACCAGCCAUAUCCAGGUAUUAAAGGCACAUAAAAGUCAUAAUUAUUAGUUUUAUUUUGCUGUGCUUUUGUCAAGAACCAUUGUUUGUAAACAUGCCAAACAAUUUGCUGAACUAUUGCUAUUGCUGGUAACUGUAAUACUCUUAAAAUAUGUACAGAUGUUUAAUUAAAAUGUUUAAUUUUUCUAAAUUAUUAUUUUUUGUAGAUGAAUUUAAGUUAAAUGUUAUUGAAAAAAUUAUCGCAUUUCAAAUUGGUUUGGAAGUCACUUUUUCACUCAUUGUUUUAAAUGCAAUUUUAAAAUAUACAAUUAAAGCUCUAGCUCUAACUUAC